ACACAAGCCAGGAACUUCCAGCUAAUCUCCACGCCUCAACUUCAACCUUCACCAACAAACUCACCACCAUCAUGCAUUUCACAAGUAUCGUCACCGGAGCUGCCGCUCUCUUUGCCUCCGCCUCCAUGGCUCAGCCAACUGCCCGCCAGGCUCCCGUGGCCUACGCCAACGUCAUGGUCUACAACUCUGCCGACCACAGUCAACAGCCCGUCAGAAUUCCCUUUGGCCAGCUCACCAGCCUGGACCAGUACAAGAUCACCAAGCUUGAUCUUAUCAGCCUCAGCGUUAACAUUCCCGACAUUCCGUCUCCUAAUGUCAAGGACGUCGUCUGCCAGCGCUACAACGACAAGUACGGUGUCCAGCUUGGAAGCACUGAGUUCACCUACGAAAACCCUGCUCUCAUCAGCACCAACCCCGUUGAGUUUGGCUGGGUUCUGUGCUACGUCAGGGGCAAGUCUUCUUAAACGCGCUGAGCGGUGAUUAGAUGGUUCGGUAUUGGGUAUUAGACGGGACAGGCAACAUUUGAGGAGCAGUUAUGAUUCGGAUCGCAUUAUGCCAGGCCUUCCUGACUAGUUGAUUUUAUUUUGUCUUAGAGUAAAUUGUCUAUAGAUUUCUAAUUGCAUCGUCGUCGUCUAU